GAAAAGAAGGGAUAAAUCAGAAACUCCCACCAACUCUGCGCCCAGGCUGGGGCCGUGCCCGCUGCUAGCUUUGGAGUUGAUUGUCUCCAUCAGCUCAGGGGUUUGCCCUGGGGACAAGGUCACGGCCCAGAGCUGGCCUUGGGACAGGAGCGGGGCGGGGUAAACAACAGGACUAUAAGUACCGAGGCCCGGGCCUGCAGGAGCCCGCUGCGGAGCGAGGAGGAAGGACAGCCCCGCCCGAGGCCUGCUUGUGACAAGCCCGGCAAUGUGGAGAAGCCUGGGGCUGGCCCUGGCUCUCUGCCUCCUCCCCUGGGGAGGGACGGAGAGCCAGGGGGAAAGCGCCACUUGUAAGCGGCCUCCGGCCUGGAGCAUAGGGGACCAAGACCCAAUGCUGGACUCCUACGGCUCAGUGACCGUGGUGGCCCUUCUUCAAGCCAGCUGACCCUUCUGCAUCAUGCAGGCCCACAGUUUGGAAGACCUGCGAGUAAAACUGGAGAAAGAAGGUUUUUCUAACAUCUCCUAUAUUGUUGUCAAUCAUCAAGGAAUCUCUUCUCGAUCAAAAUAUAUGGAUCUUAAAAGUAAGGUUUCAGAGCACAUUCCUGUUUAUCAACAAGAAGAAAACCAAACAGAUGUCUGGACUCUCUUAAAUGGAAAUAAAGAUGACUUCCUCGUAUAUGACAGAUGCGGCCGCCUCGUGCAUCACCUCGGCCUGCCGUUCUCCAUCCUGAAUUUCCCGUAUGUGGAAGAGGCCAUUAAGACUGCUUACUGCAGAAAGAAUUGUGGAAACUGCUCUUUCACGACCCUGGAAGAUGAAGACUUCUGUAAGAAUGCAUCUUUGGCUUUUGAGAAAAGCACAACAGAGGCUCCGGGGCCACAGCCCCAUCACCAUAACCAUCAUCACCAUCAUCACCAUCAUCACCGACAUCACUAUCACAGGCACGGGCACGAACACACUGGGAUCGGCCAGCUUGCAGACAAUCAGCAGCCAGAAGCACCAAACGAAUCUGAGCCCGCCCCCUCUCCAGGCCCUCUGAACCACCAGAAGCUCAAGGGCCCCCAGGGACAGGGUCACCCAGUGCACUGAGAUGUGUCAGGUGAAACGUUACCCUCCUCUUCUUCACAGAGGAAACUCUGAGGGAGGAAGUGUAUAAAUCAGUUACUCUGACAGUUGCCCAAAGAUUCAGAGUUAGCCCCCAGCAGCUGAUGCUGACAUUGUCGCCACCUGGUAUUUGAACACACAGGGUCUGCAAUCACCUGACAGUGUAGAGAAAGCCUCCCCUCUUUAUGUAGCUGACAGGGACUCUGGGCAGAGGCGAAUGUCAUUGAGUCUUGACAGUGACGUUUGCCUCCCACUGCCUGACAGGUGGGUCAGCAGCCCGAGCCCACAGAGGCCAGCACCAGCUGAAGCUGAAAAACUGAGGGAGAAAUGUGACAAUGACCUUCCAACUAAACAUUUAAAAUAGGAUCUACUCCCAAGUCAGUCUAGAUACCAUUUCACUUAGCAUUUUAUAAGCUACCUAUGAUAAAAAAAGUAGGAAUUGGUUUUGUGCAAACAUGAAGAAACCUACUAUACUGGCUUUCAAAUUUUAAGAUUUAUGCCAAAGAAAAAUUUAACCCAAACCAUUUUUGUUGUUGAAGGGCAACUGGAAGGUGAUUGCGGUGCUCGGCCGACACUCUUUCUUGUCCUCUCUCCAGUGCUCUACUUGCAUUAAUGAGAACAGGAGCAGAAACUAUGACCUAGGGGCUCCUGUUGGACAGCCAGCAAUCUAGAGCGGAGGAAGGACAACAAAGACCUAUUUCCACUUUUCAUUCUCAAAACGGUAUUACCUGUGUCUUUUUAACCUGACAGUUUUAACAGAUUAAACCUUUAAAGGAAGGAGUGAAUGCUGUCUUUUGAGAUCCAGAAAUACUUCACAUAUGAGUAUUUUGCUAGGACUACAUUUUAAAUAUCCAUUUAUACUUUUUUAUAUCUAAGACUCAAAUCUUGAUUUUCACUAUCGCCUAUGAAAGAAGCCUUUAUCUGUUGUUUUCUUUAAGGAGUUGGAUACAAUGCCAGGUAAACCUUGAGAAUACCUGUCAUGAAAGAAAGAAACAAGGGGAAAGAUAAAAGAAUGUCUGUCUCUUGCUUAAACAGUAUUUCCACAGUCAAUGAUGGUUCAAUAGGUAAACUAAGUCCUAGGAACCUGAACUCCUUUGUGGUUAAUACUACUAAGCAAGAAUUCAGGACACAGUUGGCCAAAGUGUGAAUUUAUUUCAAUAAACUCAAUUUAAAAAGUUUAAA